CCAUUUAAUCUUAAGAAUGAAAAAGAAAAACGAAAACAACAAUAAAUUCAGUGGUCAAUUCAAUAAAGGCCUGUGUCUGCAGAAGCAGCUUGCAUGAGUAAAAGAUUAGAUUGACCAUCAACAGUUCCAUAUCUCACCCACUCAACUUAUCCACCCACCACCACCUUCAUCACUACCAUAGCUCUCACUCCCACAGCUCUCACUCCCACAAAUCCAUGGCUACUCAUAAUACAACUUCCUCAUCCAAAUCCAUGGACCCCCACCUCAGAAACCAACCCCCCGACGCCGCCGUCGCCGUCGUCACUCCUGCCGUUGUCUCUCCCCACCCAACAUCACCAAAACUAGAUUCCCCAACCCCCUUGUCCGACUCAGACAACUUGUCAAAAUCACGCCCACCUUCCCCUGUCGGCCCCAGAACAGAGCAAAAGGUAGCCAAAAAUCCCAACGAAACCCCUCAAGAACACUCCACUACAGAGAAAUUCAAUGGUUCUGAAGAGAGAUUUGAACAUAUGAUCAACUGUAUCACUGCCAAAGAAAGGGAAAUGAAACAACUUUUAAAGGAACAUGAACAUCUCACUCGUAGACUUUCUGUUUCUCUUUCUUCAUCACGUAGUGGAAGAAGAAGAUCAUUCUAUGGCUCGCAGAUUCAGUUAGGAGAUGUGUUUGCUAAAAAUGGAGUCAAAGUGGUUUCGGCCGAUAUGCCACCGUUUAUGCAGAUCCAUGCCGUCGAUUGCGCUAGAAAAGCACAUGACAGUAUGGAGAAGUUCACUUCCAAAUCCCUUGCCCUGACUCUCAAGAAGGAAUUUGAUGGGGUUUACGGGCCGGCAUGGCAUUGUAUUGUGGGUAAGAGUUUUGGGUCAUUUGUAACACAUUCAGUGGGCGGAUUUCUGUAUUUUUCCAUGGCUCAGAAGCUUUACAUUCUUCUCUUCAAAACUACUGUACAAAGAGCCAAUUAGAAAUAAUACUGAAUAACCACUCUGUUUUUUGUUCAAACAGAACAAAGCUCUCUCUAAUCUCCAUCUUUUUCUCUAUUUUGUGUUAAUUUCGCCAUUGUUGUUCAUAAUUAAGCUUACUGGUCUAGAACUGAAGGUGAUAUCUAUGGAGAUAAAUGAAGAUUAGAACGAGAGAUUCAUUUAGAGAUGAUGAUGAUGAUAACUACUCUGUUUUAUUCAAACAGAACAGAGCUCUCUGUAAUCUCCAUUUUCUUUUCUUCUGUUAAGUUCAAAUUUCGCCAUUGAUGUUCAUAACUGGCUUAACUGGUCAAGAACUGAAGGUAGUGGGUAUGGCGAUAAUGGUGGGGAGUGAUUUCUGCAGUAAAUGAGGAUUGAGAAUUGAAGAUUCAUUUAGAGAUGAUGAUAAUGAUUGCAGAGGCGAAAGGCCCACAUCAUUAAUUUUGGGGUUUGGAUUUAUAUUCUCUUCUUCUGUAUUCGGGCACAAGGAUGUGCAGAUGAUAAGAUUUUUCUUUUCUUCUUUUUCUUUUUUGGUGAAUUUGUUUGUUUAUAGCUUUAUUUCUU